AUGUCUGCUGCCUGCCCCUAUCCAACGUCUAAAGAAGACUUGGCCAAGUUUAUCUCCUCGAGGAUCGAUCUGGAGAAGCCCGUCGCUAGAUUUGAACCCGGCGUUCUCAUCAAGUACGGACGCGAUCGCGAGGAAGAAGUGCGCGUGUUGAAGUUCAUCUACGAGAAGCUCUCGUUUCGCACGCCGCGCGUCCUCUAUCACCCUCCUUACCGCGGCAUACCGUCUCUCUCCCCAUUUGUCUACGAGGCAUCCGGGGUCUGGUACUUCCUCAUGGACGAACUUCCGGGUGUAUCUCUUGACGGCGUCAUUGACGACAUGACUCUGGAGCAACUCGAUCACGUCGCCGACCAGCUAUCGUGUCUUUUGACCGAGUUGCGCGGCUUUACCAGCACCAGCAUCGGCUCAGUAACGGGCGGCCCGUUCAGGAACGUAUUCUUCCCUUGGCCGUAUACCCCGGAGUCGUCGUGGUCAAGUGUGGAGGAGUACAUAUCGUACUACCAAGACCUACUAUCCGAGUAUUGCGCUCCGGACUACGUGGACGACCUUCUCGCGUGUCUUCCCAGAGACGCAUGCGUCCAUCUUGUUCACGGCGAUCUUCUACCCCGCAAUAUUCUGGUCAGCGGAUCGACCAUCACGGGCAUCCUCGAUUGGGAAUACGCGGGCUACUAUCCCGACUUUUGGGAGUACGCUCGGAUGCAGCAUCGGGGGUGGAAGUCGCCAGGAUGGGACUAUGUCAUGGGGCGCCUUGUUUCAGGACCGUACCAGGAGCACGACACGAUUUCUGGUAGUGGCGGCUGGCGUACUAUAACGUGA